UCUUUUCCCGUUCGCUGAGAUCUACUGCGCUCAGCUGCACCUGACGUGUGAUAGCUGACAAUCAUUGCAGGUUUUUUUUUGUUUUUUUAAAAUUUUUCUUCCCAAACCAUAGGGAUUGUCUGAAUAUAUAUAUAUAUAUUUUUAACUGUUUUUGAACUGCACUUUUUUUCUUCUUCACUCCGAAGACACCAUGUGUACCGGAGCGUGCUCGAAGUUUAUCGCCAUCCCCCUCUAUGUCCUGGCGCUUUUGUCGAUCAUCUGCAACUUCUUCCUCUUCUUUCCCGACCUUGACACACAGUAUGCCGCGCAAGACAGGAACGGUCUGCCGUGGCUCACCGAAGAAGUCAAGUACAUGGGAGGCGUCGUAGGGGGAGGAAUCAUGGUCCUCAUUCCCGCAAUACACAUUCAUCUAACCAGUGCUAAAAAGUGCUGUGCCAACCGCUGUGGGAUGUUCCUGUCCAUUGGUUUUGCAGCAGGUGGUGUGGUGGGGGCCAUAUACAGUCUGAGCGUUUCUGCUCUGGGCCUUGCCAACGGGCCAUCGUGCCUCUAUAGAGAUCCAAUUAGCGGGUUGCAAACGUGGGGGACUCCUUUUGCUAACAGCAAUGGGAGCUACCUGAGUGACAAGAAAAUGUGGGAUUUGUGCUUAGAGCCGAAAAAUGUGGUGGAAUUCAACGUGGGGCUGUUCUCCACUCUGCUGGUGGCAGCAUGCGUGGAGCUCGUCCUCUGUCUCAUCCAGAUGGUCAAUGGACUGUUCGGAUGUAUCUGCGGCACCUGCGCCGGCAAAGAGGUGGUCUGAGCUGGUCCCAGCCCCUCGGCACUCGCCUGGUCCCAUCCAGAGAGACAUCGCCCCCGUUGGGAAAACCUCCCUCUACUGUCUUACUUCCUCAUCACUCGCUUGUCUUAAGCUCCUCUCACAAUUCAUGUUCUUUCGGCAGCUCCGACUUUUGUACUCGUGCUUCCAAAUGCUACUUCCUGUUCUCUGGAGGGCAUCAUUGUGCGUGCAAGCAAAUAAUAACACAACAUGUAUACCGUCUAACAAUCAUCAUGUAUCCCCAGCCUCUCCCUACAGCAGCCAUUCUCUGUGCAGACCCUGUGUUGUCUAUAACCUUGGCCUCAAUAAAGAAUGAAGCUGUGUUCUCUGGCUUUUCUCUCCAAUGUAUUAACUCUUCAUAACGUGGAGCUGAUGCUUAUUUCGGUCACCUCUAUCAACAGGAGUGCAGAUCUUAAAUGAUGCAGGUUGUCAGUGCAACUCUUCUCAUGAUAUAGUUUGUUAGUGCAUCAUUUGAACUCUUUUAAUGAUGUAGUUUGUUAGUGCAAAUCAGUUAACAAACAAGUGUGCUGGAUUUUAUUCAUCUCAAGUGCAUAGUCAUUUAUUCAUAAUGGUUGAGAGCUUGAAUCAGAUGGGAAAAUAACAAAUCCUAACGGUUAUCGAACCCUUUCAACAGCAUUAAAACAUUGGUGUGAGUGACUUUAUCUGAUUUGCCAUAAUGCUAUGUUGUGUUGACAUAAGUUAGGCCACAUCUGACUAGGUAAACAGAAAUAAUUUGAAUCAUGAAUCACUCCUCCUCAACCUCCAGACUGUCCUGAAUCCUGAACUUUUGAGGACUCUACACCUGGGUGUUAAAUUCAAGACAUGAUUCAUGACUCGGUUGAAACCGUGUUGGUCGGUGCCCAUAAGCUCCAACCCCAAGUUGAGAGAUUAAACCAUGAAACUACCCAGUGACCCAGUGCUGGCGUCUUGCUCAGUGUGUGCGCUUGAAAUAAUAAUAAAAAAAAAAACCCUCCUCUUU